GACCCUGAGAUGCUUCAAUCCCCGAUUGAAGUGGCGGUGGGGGAGAGAGGCUGCAUCCAGCAAGCAUCACCUCCGCCCGCCCCACUCGGCCGCAGCCGGCCGCAGGGACCACUCUGCAAAGAGACGCUGGAGGGGGCGGUUCCUCCUCCUCGGUGCAGCCCUCCCGGCGAAGCCUUCGCUCUAGAGAAACCGCCCUUCCCAGACGCUGGAGAAAAGCGGCGCAUCCGGUUCCUUUCUGCAGCUACCCGACAGGCUCAGCCGAGCGAACAGAGGAGCUCAGGGACACGUCUGGAGCUCUCCGUUAUAUUGUCCUACUGUGCCCUGCGCCGCGUGGGAGGCAGCCUGGUGGAAGCUUUUGGGCCCUGUCGCUGCUCUUCGCAAGACGCAUGUAAAGCUGCGCUUGGUUAAUCGAGGGCUCUGCCGAUAGGGACGCUGUUGGACUACAAGCCCGGCCCUUCGUCUCCCAUCCAUCAAAAGCAACGUCAGUGGCUGCUGGACCUUGAGGUCGCAUCAACGUUGCACCCACCGCCAGGUCAUGUUUCCUAAGCCCCUGAUGCCUAUGGUGGGAAGAGGCAAAGAGAUGGGGGCCUCUUUUGCGCAACGGGCCACAGUCUCUGCCAGGACCCGUUCACGUGGCACCAAUGGCACCAUACUGUUGCCUUCCAUGUUGAUGUUUGGCGUAAUUGUGGCGUCCAGCGGUCUGCUCCUUAUGAUUGAGAAGGGGAUUUUGGCAGAGAUGAAGCCUCCACCACUACAUCCUUCCCAUGGAGAGCUGCCCUGGAGGCACGUUGGCAGUGCCAGAGCAGCACCAGCACCAGAGGGCAUGGAUUACCAGCUGCUGCAGGAAAUCCGUAAUAGAACCAUUCGUACCAUGUGCGGACAAAAAAACAUGCCUCACAGUAUCUGGGAUCUCUCACCAGUACAGAGGAGAACAGUGCUCAAACACAUCCUGGUUAGUGACAAACAUCACUUUUUAUACUGCUAUGUUCCCAAAGUUGCCUGCUCCAACUGGAAACGAAUCCUUAAAGUUUUGGAUGGUGCCCUGGAGAAUGUGAAUGUGAAGCUUAAAAUGGACCACAAAAGGGACUUGGUGUUCCUAAGCGACAUGAAGCCAGAUGAGAUCCGUUACCGGCUAAAGCACUAUUUCAAGUUCAUAUUUGUCCGGGACCCAAUGGAAAGACUUUUGUCUGCUUAUAGGAAUAAAUUUGGAGAGAUCAAAGAAUAUCAGUUAAAGUAUGGUGUGGAAAUAGUCAAAAGAUAUAGGAAAAAAACCGGGAAAAGCACAGGAGAUGAUGUUACCUUCUCUGAAUUUCUUCAGUACCUCUUAGAUGAAGAGGUAGAGAGAAUGAAUGAACAUUGGAUGCCCAUCUACAAUUUAUGCCAGCCCUGUGCAGUGAGAUAUGAUUUCAUUGGAUCCUAUGAAAGACUGAAUGAGGAUGCCAAUUACAUUCUUGAAAGGGUUCAAGCACCCUCUCUUAUACAGUUCCCAGAAAGGCAAUCAUGGUAUAAGCCAGUGACUCCUGAAACAUUGCAUUAUUAUCUGUGUAACACUCAGAGGGGGCUUAUAAAAGACUUACUACCAAAGUACAUUCUGGAUUUUUCUUUGUUUGCCUACCCUCUUCCAAAUGUUAGCAGUGAAUUUUGCAGACAAUGAUUUUUUUUCACUGUGAAGAAGUCCGUGUUCUAUGCAGUUUCCUAAUUUUAUACUCUUUUGACAUCAAAUGCUUUGCUGCUUGCUCUAAAGAUCAAAAAUAGCUUUACCUUUUUUUACAAUAUGUAUACGUGCUGCUGAGUUAAGCACAAUGUUUUUCUUUUAACUGUGGUUUUUGUAUAUUUCAGGAACAAAACAUUUUUGUAGAAUUAUUGGAGUUUCAACUGCAGGACAGUCACAUUUUGAAAAGAAAUUGUAAUAGCAACAACAGCUUUGGGAAGAGGACCCCAGCAUCCCUUAUUUGUAUGCUUGUGUUGUGUCACUCGCUGGCAUGUAAGAUCUUGUCAUGCAAAAGCAGCAAUUUGAUUCAGUGUUAUAUUUUUAUUCCAGUAUUGAACCACAGUGGCAUUCAGGGACCUUUUAUUGAUAUUGGUAGAGAUAUUAAGGCUGUGGUUUGCAUAGGGUAGCCAUAAUUUGGGAUUGACUUGAAGGCUGUCCAUUUCCAUUUUUUUUGCUACUCACUUAUCUAGAAACAAGUCCCAUUCAGCUCAGUGGACUUCCUUCUGAGGAAACAUACAUAGAAUUGGGCUACGUCGAAUAUUGUUUGCAUUAUUUUGUAUAAUAAAAAGGUAACAUCCUCAUCCUAAGCAUUUCUACCCACAAAUCCCCCUGAAUGAAAUAAUGCAGACAAUAACGUGGUGGCUUUUAUUACUGGGUUAUGAUGAUAUGAUAUCUCAAGCACCUAUUUGGCUAGUUCAACAAUUUAUCGGCGAUAGCAUUUAUAGAGCAAGCCUAUGCAUGUUUACUCAUAAGUAAGUCCCACUGUGUGCACUGGAGCUUAUUUGAGCUUUAAGGACUGCAGCCUUUAAAGUUCUGAGCAUAGGGAAAAUGCAAAGUAUGGGAGAGCCCAUCAAUAACAGUAGGGAUGUGUGCGUGUCAAACACACUCGUCAAAUAAUUUGGAGCUUUGUAUACCGUAGCUUCAGAUAAUGGGAUUUGUAUCUUCUUUGGUGCACUAGUUUACUAGGUGCUAUCAUGUUUUCUCUGUUUUCUCCAUGAAAAUAUAUGCGCUUUGUUUGUUAAGCUGUUAACACCGACUGUUUUCCUAAUCCUAUCUCAAAGAUUAUCUCUGAGGUAAUAGUUACAAUGUAGUUAGAAAACAUAAUUUUGUUGGGAAUUUGUUGAAGUCAGGUUAAGUUCUGAUGAUUACAUGCAUUCUCACAGCUUUUUAUUUAAGCAUUAUGGUUAUUAAACAUGAAAAAGUUCAUACAGAUUCAUGAAUGUUUAUUCAGUGUCUGUCUUUUUAAUAAAGUUUGUAUGUAAUAUU